AUUAUUAAACGAAUUGCGUACCACUACAUUGACGCAAUUAAUUUUGACGUAUAUUCCGUUUAUGUUGCAAGUUUUCUGGAAAAAGUAUUGUUUAUGCGUUAUCGUUAUUGUAUAUAAAAUUAAUUAUGGAAACUCCUGGAUCUCGGGCGCUCGAAGCUGCUAAAAAUCUGAAUGACUUGGCGAUUUUUAAAAAACCAAUUGGUGUUGCAAAGAAAAGUAAACACGUUCAUUCGAAAAUUUUAGAUGAAGAUACGUAUAUUGAAAAGAUGGGAGAAAUUAUACAGAGAGAUUUUUUUCCACAUCUGGAAAAGCUUCAGGCUCAGAAUCAGUAUUUGGAUGCGUUAGAACAAAAUGACGUGAAAAGAAUGAGGGAGCUUUAUGAGAAAUAUAGUUCUGGCCGACCUGCUACAGAGAGACCUGCCAGUCCAGCUACUUUUGAAACUCCAAUACGUAAGGAUGAAUCAGAAGAUGAACAUUUCAGAUCUAUAAAAGUAACCAGAGAUAUACCUUGUAAAACAGAGUCAAAAGAAAAGGAUAUAGAGGAUAGAGUAGGUUUAGAUACAUUUUUAAGUAUUAAUACUAGCGAGGAUAAUGCAAGUUUUGAAGAAAUGAUGGUUGAAGCGGAGAAAAGACGUAAAUUAAAAUAUGCAUGGCUUUACGAAGCUGAAGAAAAAUCAAAUUUACUUACUAUAGAAAAAUCUAACAAUAGUCCUUUAGCCAUUGAAAAUGAAAACAAGAGACAACCGGUAUUAGACACUUGGAAUUAUAAAAAUAAAAAUUAUAUUAUGUAUAUUCCUGAUGGCGUAGAAUUAACACCAGAUGAAAAGGUAGAUUUAGCAAGAAGGAAACAGAUGGUAAUGCAUGAAAAUACACGACUGAGAGUGAAUCCAUUCAAUGAGCAACAGAAUAAAGAAACUAUUAAUGAAUUGGCAAAGCAUCAAUCAAAAGUUAACGACGGUAAAAUUGGGGUAGAUGGAAAGGAAGUUGUAAAAAAUGCAGCGCCAACGGUGAAUGGAUAUAGCUUCGUAGCUACUCCUAGUCCUAGACCAGGAGAAUGUGAAAGUCCGUUGAUGACAUGGGGUGAGAUCGAAGGAACUCCUUUUAGGUUGGAUGGCGGUGAUACUCCAUUGUUGAGAACUAGUCAAGGCCCUUCAUUUAGGAUGGCAGAACCACCAAAAAGAGAACAAAUCGCUUUACAAUUAGCCGAGAAAGCUGGUGAACGGCAUAGAGAUAGGAAGAAUAAAGCGCUCGAAGCAGCAAGAAAAUCGUUGGCGACACCUUCCCCAAGAUCGACCAUCGACAGGUUAAGUACCAUGUCACCCGCAGCAAGAAGACUGGCAACGCAAAAGCUUCGUAUAGCGCAUACUCCUUCGCCUCGAAGAGUUUCUUUAUCGAGAACACCGUCUAUAGGUAUCAGGACACCGACUACACCUAGAGCAAAUACACCAUUAAAACGUGACACAGAUUCAACGUCGGAAAGAAGUAAUGGUAGUAGCCGAAGAUCGGACGGUCCUGUUCUAACAGACAAUUUACUCAAUUUACCACCUCAAAGACAAAGGGCUUCUGAUUUCUUUAAUAAAUGAAUAAAUAAAAAUAAUCGGAUUUUAUCCCGACUUUAUAAACGACUUUUUGCAUACUGCAAAUGAAUGAUAUUACCAUAUUGGUGAAUAUAAAAAACGUACGAACCUUGUAAAUACGAACUUUAUUAGUAAAAAUAUAGUUAUUGUAUAAUAACGAUUAUUAUAAAUUAAUACUAUGUAUGAUGAAUCAGCGAAAUAUAAUACUUUUAGUUUUUCAAUGAA